GCGGGGAGCGCGCACAAACAUCCCUACCGGUCGCUGGACUCCGCGCGGCGCAUGCGCCUUGGCGGUCUUCGGCGACGUCCUUGUCUCCCUCCUUUCUAUGGGGCGCGCGCUCCGGCCGUUACCUCAGCCGCUGAGGGGAAGGGCAGGGGCGGAGCGCCAGGAAGAUGCCGGGGAAGCUGAAGGUCAAGAUUGUGGCGGGGCGGCACCUGCCCGUCAUGGACCGAGCCAGCGACCUGACGGACGCCUUCGUGGAGGUAAAGUUUGGAAACACUACAUUUAAGACAGAUGUGUACCCCAAAUCUCUCAACCCUCAGUGGAACUCGGAAUGGUUUAAAUUUGAGGUGGAUGAUGAAGAUCUUCAAGAUGAGCCUCUGCAAAUAACUGUCCUGGAUCAUGAUACCUACAGUGCUAAUGAUGCCAUUGGAAAAGUUUACAUUGAUAUCGAUCCUUUACUGUACAGUGAAGCAGCUACAGUCAUCUCUGGAUGGUUUCCAAUUUAUGAUACCAUACAUGGCAUACGCGGAGAGAUCAAUGUGGUAGUCAAAGUGGACCUCUUUAAUGAUUUAAACCGUUUUAGACAAUCAUCGUGUGGAGUGAAAUUUUUUUGCACUACAUCUAUUCCAAAGUGCUACAGAGCUGUAGUAAUUCAAGGUUUUGUAGAAGAGCUUGUGGUGAAUGAAGAUCCAGAAUAUCAAUGGAUAGACCGAAUUCGCACACCAAGGGCAUCAAAUGAGGCCAGACAGAGGCUUAUUUCAUUAAUGUCAGGCGAAUUGCAAAGGAAGAUUGGCUUGAAGGUACUUGAAAUGAGAGGGAAUGCAGUGGUUGGCUACUUGCAGUGUUUUGAUCUGGAGGGAGAAUCUGGACUAGUAGUACGAGCCAUAGGAACAGCCUGUACCUUGGAUAAAUUAAGUAACACACCAGCAUUCUUACCCGCAUGUAAUUCCCCAUCCAAAGACAUGAAGGAGAUUCCUUUCAAUGAAGAUCCCAAUCCCAAUCCUCAUUCAUCCGGACCCUCCACCCCUCUGAAAAAUCAAAUCUAUUCCUUUUCACCUUCCAAGUCCUACAGUCGACAGUCCUCUUCUUCUGACACAGAUUUGAGUUUGACACCCAAAACGGCACUUUCCCCACAGGGACCUAGGAUUUUCCUGUUUCCCAGCUCCCCUACACUCUCUCUUAAACAGCCCUAUCUCCUUCACUCUGGCUCUAGCCUUAGUCCUCUUCACUCUAGCCAUGCCAGCCCAAUUCUGAGGAAAAGUCUUUCUUUCACUGAAGAGCUGCUUCUGGCUGCUUCUGGAAUGGGCAGUGGGAGUGCUGGAAAAGAAGGGGGGCCAUUAAAAGCUCUAUUAAGACAACAAACUCAGUCGGCUCUGGAGCAAAGGGAAUUUCCUUUUUUUACUCUGACGGCCUUUCCUCCAGGCUUCCUCCUCCACAUAGGCGGUGUUGUCAGUGCUCGUUCUGUGAAGCUCUUAGAUCGCAUCCACAAUCCUGAUGAUCCGGAGACUCGAGAUGCAUGGUGGGCAGAAAUCAGACAAGAAAUAAAAUCCCAUGCCAGGGCAUUGGGCUGUCAUGCUGUAGUGGGCUACAGUGAAUCAACUAGCAUUUGUGAAGAAGUCUGUAUUUUGUCCGCAUCCGGCACAGCAGCGGUACUGAACCCUAGGUUCCUCCAGGAUGGCACCAUGGAAGUCUGUUUGGAACAAAGGUUGUCAUGGCAGCCUGGCUUCUUUUCCAUAGGGUCAGAGAAGGGAGAGGUUGAUUUUUUUCCUCAAAACCAGGAUAGUUCUUCUCUAUUAGGGUUAGAAGAAACCUCACCUCCAGGUUGUGGCUUUUGCCACAUACCUUAUGAUGAGCUGAACAUGCCAUUUCCUGCUCACCUCGCAUACUGCUGCAGCUGCAGGAAGCAAAAAGUUCCAGAUGUUCUUUUCACAACAGUAGACUUGCCUGCAGAUGCAAUGGUGGUUGGGAAAGGAUGUCUCAUCCAAGCCAGGCUCUGUCGCUUGAAAAAGAAAGCUCAAGCAGAGGCAAAUGCAACCGCCAUCAGUAACCUGCUGCCAUUUAUGGAAUAUGAAGUACACACUCAACUAAUGAAUAAGCUGAAGUUGAAGGGAAUGAACGCGCUGUUUGGGUUAAGGAUUCAGAUCACGGUGGGAGAAACAAUGUUAAUGGGCCUGGCAUCUGCCACAGGUGUGUAUCUCAGUGCGCUUCCAACCCCGGGUGGUAUUCAGAUUGCUGGAAAGACUCCGAAUGACGCCUCUUACGAACAACACAUAUCUCACAUGCAGAAGAAAAUCAAUGACACAAUAGCCAAAAAUAAGGAGAUGUAUGAAGUUAACCCCCCUGAAGUGUCAGAAGAAAUUAUAGGUUCUCCUAUUCCAGAACCGAGACAACGUACCAGACUGCUAAGAUCACAGUCUGAAAGUUCUGAUGAAAUUACAGAACUGGAUCUCUCUCAUGGAAAGAAAGAUGCUUUUGUCUUGGAGAUUGAUGAUACAGAUGCAAUGGAAGAUGUUCAUUCUUUAUUGACAGAUGUCCCUCCACCUUCAGGCUUUUAUAGCUGCAACACAGAAGUCAUGCCUGGGAUAAAUAACUGGACUUCUGAUAUACAGAUGUUCACGUCAGUAAGAGUGUCCAGGCUCAGCAACGUGACUCUAACAAACCAAACACUCAACAAGACCUUUAAUGACCUCUGUGAGAACCUGCUGAAGAGCCUGUAUUUUAAACUUCGAUCUAUGAUUCCUUGCUGCCUGUGUCAUGUGAACUUUACAGUUGCUCUUCCAGAGGAUGAAUUAAUUCAGGUCACUGUCACAGCGGUUGCGAUAACAUUUGACAAACACCAAGCUCUGCAGACAACUAAGACUCCAGCAGAAAAAACAUUACAAAGAGCUUCGACAGAUAAUGAAGAACAGCUGCAAUUCCCUCUGGAGCUUUCAUCAGAUCCUCUUGGCUCACAGCCAUUCUCUUCAGCUAAAGAGGACCUGGAGAAUGCAAGUUCCCACACAGGUAUACCAGCUGCCCAGAGAGCAACGUCAGUUGAUUACAGUUCCUUUGCAGACAGAUGCAACAGCUGGAUAGAAUUCAUUAAACUGAAAGCUCAGACCAUAAGGCGUGGAUCAAUUAAGACAACUGUUUCGCUUGACAAACCGAGUCCGCUGACUGAGGGGCAGUUGCGUCACCGUUCUGGUGCAGCAGGCUUGAAUUCCACCGUGCCCGUUGUCAAGAUGACACCUCUGUCUUUUAUCCCUGGUGCCAAAAUAACCAAAUAUCUCGGAAUAAUCAACAUGUUUUUUAUACGAGAAACCACUUCUUUGAGGGAGGAGGGUGGAGUGAGUGGCUUCUUGCACGCCUUCAUCGCUGAAGUGUUUGCAAUGGUUCGGGCUCAUGUGGCAGCUCUGGGGGGGAAUGCUGUUGUCUCAUACAUCAUGAAACAAUGUGUGUUUAUGGAGAAUCCAAACAAAAAUCAGGCACAGUGCCUAAUAAAUGUAAGUGGGGAUGCAGUCAUCUUUGUACGGGAAUCUGAAUUAGAAGUACCAGUUCAGCUUCCCGCUGCCAGCGGUCAACCCACGAGUGCCAGAGGAGAUGUUACAACAUGAAGAAACAAAAUGGCUUAAUCACACCCAGAGAGAUCUCUUCUAAGUAUCCGGUGGCAUGGCUUUGACUUGUUCCUUCUUGUCAGCAACACACCAAACAUGAAGGACAUCUACGCUUUGAGGCAAUCAGUUAAUAUCAUCCGUCAAAAUAAAGGAAGGCCUAGGAACUCUCUGAGGAGUCCCCAUGCAGCUGAUAGAACAUACGUGUGAAGGAGGCACUAAAAAUCUCCUCCGAACUGAGGUCAUUAGGCUGUCACCCUGUGGUCUGCCAGGCCAGGCCAGUACCUUGAAAACAGUAUCCGAAUCCUCAGAUUGGGGAGGGAGGGGUCAUAAUGCAACUGGAAUAUAACCGAGAACUCCCUCGCUCUGCCGUCUGACAAAGGAGGAGUUUUAUGAUCUGAUUUCACUCACACUGCCAAAUACACAACGUGCGUGGUGAAAGGACCAUUUCGACCUCUGCAGAAUGAAAGGCAAUGUAAACUGGACAAUCUGAGUUUAGUUGCAUGUUAAAACUAGGCUUUUCAUAUUUGGGGGCUUAUUGACUAUUUUUCUAUUCUACCCUUUUUAUUAUGUGGUUGAAUAUAAUGGUAUAAUAACUCUCUGUUGUUCAAGUGCUGUUCAUGUUAAAUGUUUUUGGAGCAGUGGCGUUAGGGGAAAAAUCUGUCCAAAAUCAGGGACAUACAAACUAUGAUACGAAAAAUAAAAUCAGAGCUUUGUGUUUGUCAGGCCAACCAUACUAGGAAACUGGAGAAGUGGUAUAAUAGAGAAGCCCAUCACUCACAAGUGACUGCAGAUAUGGUACUUUGUAGGAUAAAGGUUACCGUGACAGAUGGAAAUGAUUUUUGACAACUCUGGAAGGAUUUGAUGGGAAAACAGAAUAAAAGUCUGUGGAUGUGAGAAAAAAUGAUAAGCCUAGGAAAUGGCAGGGGAGCAUACAGGCAUAUCGAGAGACAUCUUGAAUGUUUCCCUUUCAGCCAUUCACUUGCUAAAAUGAACACGCAUCUUGUUCCAUUUAAAACAUGCUUCCCUGUUUACCCAAGUGAUUGACUGAAAUAAAAACUUUCAAAACUCCUCUGGCUGCGCACACAUUCCUCUGCCAUUUUGUGCAUAUGGUCAUGUAAGAAUACAGCCAUAAUAUUUCAGCAGCGUCAGAUAUUGAACUUGAAGAAAAUAUGUAAACUUGAAUGUAAAUAGAUUACAUUGUGCUGGAUCUAGGUACAGAAGUUAUAUAUUAUUUGUCCAGUUCAGAGAUUCCAUUGUAAAUGAGCAUGAUGAAAAUCACAUUCCUAUUUGCAUAAUAAAGAUACUUUAUUUUAAAAAAAAA